CCCGGAACCAGGAAGCAGGCACUCUGUAUCCGGGGGAACAGCUGGUCUGAGGCGCUGCGCUGUGUCCGCUUGAUUCUGUACCGGGGACGGGGAGGCGGAACUCUGCGGCUGAGAGCUGAGUCUGCCUUACCUCAGCCAUGCUCUCUGUUUGGAAUUUCUUGAAGCGUCACAAGAGAAAAUUCAUCUACUUUGGUGCAUUUGUUGGAGGUGUGUACAUCCUUGGAAAGUAUGCUCAAAGGAAAAUCCGUGAAAUUCAAGAGAGAGAAGCUGCUGAUUAUAUUGCACAAGCGCGGAGACAGUAUCAUUUUGAGAGCAAUCAGAGGACAUGUAACAUGACAGUAUUAUCAAUGCUCCCGACUCUGAGAGAGGCUUUAAUGCACCAGCUGAAUUCAGAAAGCCUAACAAGUCUGCUGAAAAACAGACCGUCAAACAAGAUAGAAAUAUGGGAAGAUCUGAAGAUUAUUAGUUUUGCUAGAAGUAUAGUAGCAGUGUACAGUACGUGCAUGUUGGUUGUGCUCCUGAGAGUUCAGCUAAAUAUUAUUGGCGGAUAUAUCUACCUAGAUAAUUCUUCCGCAGCAAAGACUGACAAUGGACUUCAGGCGUCCCCUGAGGUACAACAACAAUAUCUUUCUAGCAUUCAGCACCUCCUAGGAGAUGGUCUUACUGAGCUGAUAACACUUGUGAAACAGGCAGUCCGGAAAGUGCUGGGCAGUUUAUCCCUAAAGAAGUCUCUUUCACUUACUGAGUUGGAGCAACAUAUUAAAGAAAUCCGCAGAUUGGUGGAAGAGUAUAACAAGACGUCAGAGGAGUCACAGAGCAAGUCUCAGUUAUGCUAUUUUAUGAUGCCAGACGAAGAGAACCCACUGACCUCUCAGGCAUGUGGGCUAACAGAGAAGGACGUCACCACCAUCCGUCUCCUGAAUGAAACCAGAGAUAUGUUGGAGAGUAAAGACUUCGGCACAGUGUUGAAUUCAUGUCUGAAUCGAGGUUUCGGAAGGCUUCUCGACAGCAUUGCAGAGUUCUUUCGACCAGAUGAACAAGUAUUAAAUCAGACCAGCUCAUUGAACAGCCUUUCCAGCAUUAGUCUUCCACUGGCCAAAAUUAUCCCUAUAGUUAAUGGACAGAUCCACUCCAUAUGUAGUGAAAUGCCCAGCCAUUUUGUCCAGGAUCUCCUACUCAUGGAACAAGUUAAGGACUUUGCUGCCAAUGUGUAUGAAGCUUUUAGCACGCCCCAGCAGCUUGAGAAGUAAUGGUCCAUCGCACUCCUGAGAACCCAGCAGCACAUCAAUGUUUACAGGCUAUGUAUGACAUUCCUUUUUAAUUAAAGAA